AUGGACUUCGUCUACCAGCGGGCACGGCAACUGGCUACAAAUCUACCUAUGGGUGAAACGAGGCUCACGGGAUUUCAGAUUACAGCGGAAGAGCUUCGAGGAUCUCCGCUUGCUCCUAACCUUUUACCAUUGUUAAUGAAUUUCCGCCUUUUUGGAAUUCCUCUGGAGUUUGUGAAUCUGGUCAUCGCCCUGGUCGCCUAUGCCUGUGCCUAUCCGGCAGUAUUCUGGCGGGUAUCAAAACCGUUCAGCUUGAUCUUCUCAUUUCACAUGGUGAUUCAUUGUGCUGCUGUGAUCUGGGGAUACUUGGGUUUCAGUGUCUUAUUCCGAGUACAGGAGACCAAUUACAAUAGUUUGCGGCCUGUUGGAUUAGGUAAUGAAAAACCAUCAAGAAGAGAAAAAGACUAA